GGGUUCUUUGGAUCCAGGGCUUGGCUGGUUGGAUCCAGGGAUUCGCUGGAUUCAGGGGUUGACUGAUUGGAGCCAGUGAUUGUUUGGAUCUGGGAAUUGAUUGGGUUUAGGGGCUGGCUGGUUGGAUUCGGUGGCUGUUUGGAUCUGGGAAUUGAUUGGGUUUAGGGACUGGCUGGUUGGAUUCGGUGGCUGUUUGGAUCUGGGAAUUGAUUGGGUUUAGGGGCUGGCUGGUUGGAUUCGGUGGCUCUUUGGAUCCCAGGGUGGGUUGGUUGGCCGGUGGGAUCCAGGGGUUGUUGGGAUCCAGGGAUUGGCUGGCUGGGAUUCAGUGCCCGUUUGGAUCCAGGGGCUGACUGGAUUUAGGGGCUGGCUGGUUGGAUCCAGGGGGUUGUUGUUUUCCAAUUCCUCGCUCCACCACUAUUUUUUUUAUCUCUUUUUUUUUCUCUUGAGUUCUCCUGCACUGCCCUCCCCGAGCUGGGUGGAUUCCUGCCCACAUCAAUGAGGGGGGCGGAGGGCAGAGCAUGCAAAUCCCCGCUGGGAUCCUUUAUUUUGUGUGCACACCUGUGCUACCUCCAGAGCCAACCCCCACCAAUGUGCUGUGCCAGGGGGGCUGGAAACGGGAGCUCUCCCGUGGUGUUUUUUAAGGAGCAGCUCCCGAGAAUCGCAGGGAUUGCUUUGUGGGCGUUUGGGGAGCAGAAUCCAGUCAUGAGCAUUUCUCUCUGCCCAUCCUGUUCCCAACAAACGCGCUCCCCGUGCCUGACACAGCGGCGCGUUCGUGAUUUCGGUCGGGCUGUUUAUUUUUAGGGUCUCAGCGCCUGUUUGGAGGGAAUGGUUGUUCCAUCGCCGUGGCAACGGGGCCGAGUGUAUCAUAAACAUUGUUAAAGGAGAGCUUUUCCAGCUUAAAUGAGGCUUCCCUUUCAUAAUCAAGCUGGGAUGGAGGUGAACCCUUUAACCUGUUUUUUUGGGGUUGCUCCACAGUGUGCAGACCUUGCCCUGAGCUGAGGAUGCUUUUGCUUCGCUCCUGCCCAUCGGAGCCAAUUUAAUCUGCUGGUGGUAAACAUCCCCCUCGGCCCAUCUUCAGGAGGAAGCAACUGUAAUCUGCUUAGGAGCUUCCAGGGAAAUCAGUGUUUUCGUGGCUUAGUCAGGAACAAUCCCAUCAGUGCCACAAAGCAGGCAGGGACUGAUCAAAGGUGCUUUGGGUUUGAAGUUUCCCAUUCUCUCCAUCUGUCCUAAACCUUCCCGUGCUCUCAUAUCCUAAAAAAAAAAAGAGAGCUAGGAAAGGGAGACUGCUCAGCAGAGUGUGGAAAAGGAGGGAAAUGAGGUUUAUCCAUAAAAUUACCAGUGCUGGGAUGUCAGUCAUCCUCAGCCAGGGGUGGAGGGUCAGGGAUUGGAGCAGCUGGAGAAAGUACUUUGAAAUCCCCCCUUUUCACUGUUUUUUCCAUCAAGUUAAACACUUUCAAGUGUCAGUUGUGAUGAUCAAAAUCCUGUUGAGUAACAAUUGUCUCUGUAUGGAGAUUAAAAAACAAGAAGCUGUUUGGCUCAUCCCCUACUAACCUGAGCCUGCAGCCAUAAAUCCAGUGGGAAUCCUGAUGGCACUGCUGUCCUUCAUGGCUUGUUUUCUGAUCCUGGUUUGCUAAUUCAGGAAGCAAGUAGAAAAAUAAGAGAGGAAAAACUAGAAAACACUAAGAAAAACAAAUCCUUACUUCUCAGGAGUUAAAAAGCCGAAACAGUUUGUUCCCGAGUCCCAAAAUAGUUGUUAGCACCUAAAUUUCAUCUGAAGCAACUUAAAAUUUUUUUGAGCCAGGAACCCAAAAAUUUAUUGCAACAUUUGUUUUUAAUUAAAAAAGAAAAAAAAAAAAGAAAGAAAAAAAAGAGGCUUGGAGUAGGAUUAGGCAGUGAAAAGUCUGGAGCAGCUCUUAUCAUAAGGACAUCCUCCAGCAUUUCCUUCCAAGGAACUUCCUGCCUCGAUAACCACGACUUCUCCUUCAGAACAGGCUGAUUUUCCUGACUCCUUUGGAAACAACAGGGGAAAACAAGAAUUUAUUUGUCUAGGGUGUUUUUCCCCCUUAUUCUUACCUGAUUUUACUUAGUUAUUAGAGAUGGUAUAAUUUGAUUAUUACUUGGAAAGCUGCCAGGGUUUGGAAUUUGUUUAAGGGUGGUGUUGCAGGUGUGGAAUUCUGCAUCUCUUCUUUAAUUCCUUGUGAGUGAUAACUUUAUUUUACGCAUAUAACAGUUUUUAACCUGGUAUUUCACCUGUCUGUGUGUUCUGGAAAAGGACUCAAUACCCUUCCAUGCUUCCCACCACGUGUAAUAGCUAGUUUUUGGACAAUAGUUUGUGGUUUGUUUUUUUUUUCCCUCUUUCUAAAAUUAAUUAAAAUUGAUAAAAUCCUAAAAGUACCAGUUCAGGUGAGCCUGAACAGUCUCAGGAGCUUGAAAAAGCUUUUGUGAAAGGUUUAUUAGGAACGGGGUAUUUCCAGUGCUGUGCUAAUGAAAUGGUUGCUUGGUUGUGUUUUGAUAAGCACUUAAUUAGACACUUCAUCAGCCGUGUCCCACCUCCCUGCCCCUCUGCUGGAAUAAAAGGGCUAGGGCAGCCACUUAUUUAUGAAUUUAUUUAAUUGCCUGGACAAAGACAUUGAAAAAAAUCUCAUCAGAUUUUGAGGUUUGGAGCCUGGACUCGGGCCCGCGACCUCCAAAAGUCUCCUCCAAGCAGCGCCGUUGUUUGUUUUCCUGGAACAGCUCUCAAGGCCCUGUGUCCACAGGAACAUUGCACAACGGGGCAGGAGUUAUUGUCUCCAAAUUCCUUCUGCUCACACACCGUGGCCAUCUCAGACUGCCGAGAAACCCCGGGAAUGGCUCUGCAGGGGUGAAGUGUGACCAGUUCAGAGCGCUGUGCUCACAGCCAGCCCGGAUUUCCUGGAAUUUCCUGGAGUUGAAGCCUUGAUUUGCUCGCCUGAAUGUGUCACCUGUGCCACUGUGAGGUCCCCCAGACCUGUUGCUGCCUUCAUUUCAUUGUAUUUUUGAGUUGAGAAGAGGUUUCUGUCUCCCUGUGUCACCUGUUGAGGCGUCCCUGUGUGUGACAGCUGUGACCCAGCCGGUUAAAUCGUGGUGGUGUGUGACAUCCUCCCUCUCCUUUGCUCCAUCCUUGUUCCUGUGUGGGUUUUAUUCAGCCCAUCUGCAGAACUCAUCAGGCUGCAGAUGCUGCUGAGAGGCUGCUGGAACGAAUGGGGGUGAAAGAUUACUCGGUGUCGAGUCAAAGCACAGGAAAUCUGCCAGAAGACCUCGAGCGUGCUGGGGGUUAGGCCAGGCCUGAGCCCCCCCAAAUCCUGCCCCUGCCCCCUCCUCAGGGCCUGGCGAGGGGUGCCUGCCCUCCUGGAGCACAGAGGGAAUUUGGUUACACUGAGUGUAGCUGCUGGGUGAGAUCAGGGUGAGAUUCCCACGUGCCACUUCCUAAACUCCUCCUGCCUGCUGUGCCACCCCUGACUGCACCCCCUCCUUCCCAGGAGGUGCAGGGCCCGGGGCUCUGUGAUCACACGCGGGGCUGGUUGUGGCUGUGGCACAGAUGCUCGAGGAGAAGUCACCGGAAAAGAUCCCUAUCUCGUGUCCUGGCUCUGCUGCGAGCUCUGAGGCUCUGUGAAGGCAAGGCCUCGGAGCUGCAGCAGCCUGGGAGGGAGCUGCAGCAGCAGGGGAAGGCUCAGGUUUGCAGCCAAACUCCAUCAGCUCCUCGGUGAACUUCAAGGGUCAUCCGUAGGCGUCAGAGAAGAUCUCAAGACAAUAAUAGUGCUCUAUUUUAGCAUACUCAUUACAAAGUAUAACUGCCCUCUGCCUCUAGCAACUAUUUUUUCCUCUGCUCAGAUGGUGCAGGAGUGGCAAGGCCGUUGUCACGAGCAGCAGUGCUGCCUCUCUGCCUCGUCCCCUCGUUGGCUUUUCAGCUUAGGCCUUCUCCUCUCUCCACGAAAAUAACCUUCAGCAGGAAGAUGGCUUGCAGUGGUGUGUUUGUAAUUAUUGGUGCAUUCAUCUGGAAGAAAAAGCUGACAGGGAGCUGUGCGAGGAGGUUGGGGCCUUUUCAUGGAAUUUGAAAGAAGCUGAAAUGCUGUUUGCGUCGUCAGUGUGUGGGGUAGGAGUGGGACAGUGGGUUCCUGUGCUCAUCCUGAUUUCUUUAUUUUCUAACUAGUGGGUCUUUAGCAUCUCUGCAGAGUUUUGGGCUUUUUCUUUUUGGUAUAUGUUUGGAUAAAAAGGACAAGAGGAUUUUCUGAGUUGUGUCAGUGCAGGAGGGGUUUGAGAGCAGGAGAGCCAUGAUGUGGAUCCCCCUCUCCAGGGCACCUGAAGAUGUUCUGCAAAACAUCUCAAGCACAAGGAGCUCGAGCCCCUUCUCAUCCCUGUGGUUGCAAGCUCAUUGCUAUGGACAGUGCUAUCACCCUGUGGCAGUUCCUCCUCCAGCUCCUCCAAGAGCCUCAGAACAAGAACAUCAUCUGUUGGACCUCCAACGACGGGGAGUUCAAGCUGCUGCAGGCAGAGGAGGUGGCCAGGCUGUGGGGGAUCCGCAAGAACAAGCCCAGCAUGAACUAUGAUAAACUCAGCCGAGCGCUCAGAUACUACUACGUGAAGAAUAUCAUUAAGAAAGUGAACGGUAAGAAGUUUGUGUACAAGUUUGUCUCGUACCCGGAGAUUUUAAACAUGGACCCGCUUGUCGUGGGCCGGAUAGAAGGGGACCCCGAGCUGACCGGCUUUGGAGAGGUCAACAGCGCUCCAAAGGACGUGGAAAACUGCGGGAAGGAGAAGUCCCAGUCGUGCGCGAAGUCCUCGAGCCGCAACGACUACAUCCACUCGGGCCUGUACUCCUCCUUCACCCUCAACUCCCUCAACAGCUCCAGCGUCAAACUCUUCCGCUCCAUCAAGAUCGAGAACCCGGCGGAGAAGCUGACGGAGAAGAAGCCUCAGGAGCCGACCCCCUCCGUCAUCAAGUUUGUCACCAUGCCCUCCAAAAAGCCCCCCUCGGCCCCCCUGGUCUCCACCACCUCGGCGGUCUCCGCGGCUUCCGCCGCUCCCGCCGCGUCCUCCUCCCUCCCCGUGGGAUCCGAGGAGACCCUGCAGACCUUGGAGACGCUCGUGCUGCCCAAGCUGACCGUCCCCGAGGCUCCAGCACCUUUGCCAAACUUAACCACCAGCUUCACCCCCACCCCGCCCAUGUCCUCGGUGUCUCCCACUCUGCAGGUCCCCUCCACGCCCCCGUCGCCGCCCCUGAGCUCCAACCCCGACCUGGACAUUGACACGGACAUCGAGUCCGUGGCCUCCCAGCAGCUGGAGCAGGCCCAGAGCCUUCAGCACCAAUCCCCAGAGCCCAAAGAGCAGCAGGAUUCAUCCGUGCUGGAGAAGGAAUUUGCCAAUCACCUCUCCAGAUCUAAAAAACCCAAAGGGCUGGAGUUGGCUCCCACUCUCGUCAUUACGGGCAGCGAUCCAAGUCCCCUGGGGAUUCUGAGUCCUUCUCUCCCAACUGCUUCUCUUACUCCGGCACUUUUCUCUCAGACUCCCAUCCUGCUGACUCCCAGCCCGUUGCUCUCCAGCAUCCACUUCUGGAGUACCCUGAGCCCAGUGGCUCCUCUCAGUCCUGCCAGGUUGCAAGGUGCUAAUACCCUCUUUCAGUUUCCAUCAGUGCUGAACAGUCACGGCCCAUUUACUCUGUCUGGACUGGAUGGACCCUCUACCCCUGGCCCGUUUUCCCCUGACCUCCAGAAGACAUAGCACAUGAACUCUUGGGAAAGGACACAUUGGCAAGCAAGGGAAAGAUGGGACACUUCUAUUUAACCACGUUUUUUUAAAAUGAGCAAUUUCUAGUUCCACACAGAGAUUCUCAACAGUCAUCGUUUUUCGCCAUUCCCAUUCCAAAGUAAAAUGCCUUUUUUUUUUUCCUUUUUUUUUUUUUUCUCCACGAAAUUCCCUUUUUUUUCUGAAGAACCCAGGUUGGGAAUGUAUAUGCAAACGCCUUAAUAGGAGCUGCAGCUCCAGUCCUCUUCCCUCCUUGGUUUGGAAGAUUUCACACGGUCAAAAGGGACUUUUGGUUGGUGUUGCAGCAGCUGAGUCUGCACUGACUGCAGUAAACAGUGUCAGGGAAGUCUUUUCUCUGUGACUUUUUGGGGAAAAAAAAACCCUCUGUUCUUCUGCUUCCUGUGCUUGGCAAGAAGAUACCUAAUCAGGAUGGAAGCUGGCAUUCCAGGAAAUGCUGGGGAAAGGGGUGUGUGCACUCCAGCUUUGCCUCGGGGCAACGGGGACUUCUGCAGCAACAAAAGCAGCCUGGUCUGUUCUGCUGUAAAAAACGUCUUGUCUUUUUGCAGGGAGAAAAUUUUCAAGGACUAUUCGAUGCUUCAUGUGCUGAGAUACGGACAAUUUGGGAAUGGUGGUGCAUCCCACCGGCCCAGCAUCCCCCGGGAGGAGUGGUCUGGCUGGAGCCUGGAUGCUCCCCUGCCCUCCCUUCGGUGGGGAGGUGAGGUCUGGAGAGAGGAAAGGAGUUGGUGGGAUGAGUUCCUUUCGAUCCUCAGAAAGUUUGAAUGCUGAAGUCCAAACAUUUCUCGUGCCAGAGACCUGUUCCAGAGCCUGGGAUCUCACUGCUGGAUGAGCAGGAUGGUGGAUUUUCCUCGGAAGUUUUGGGGGACGGGGUGGGGGUGCCUGUGCUGAGGUUGCUGCCUGGUGCUGGAGUUCCACACCCAAACAGUGGUGAGAGCACAGAUGUCCCAGCAUUAACCUUACUGCUCUUUCCCACAGGUUUGGAAAAGUUUCCUGCUUUUCCACAAGUGGAGGAGCUCCUCUUCUACCAGCUCUUAGCUUGAGUUUUGCAUUAGAGCUGUUGGGUUUUUUUUGAGGAAGCACUGACCCAGAAUCAGGCUCAGUGUGUCCAGCCACCUGAGGGGGUUCCACAGUGUGCUGACCUCGUUGUAAAUCUGCUCUUGCAUUGCUUUUCUUGGUGGUGUGGAUGGAUUAAUAAUGCAGGAUUCAUUUCCAGAGCCAUUUGAGACGAAACAAAAUUUGUAGAUAGAUUUUUUUUUUUUUUUUUUUUUUACACCUCAGGAGGCCUUUUAAGAGAACUGAGGAGUGAAAGGAGGGAGAUUUUCCUCUCUCAGACCCUCAGAGUCUGGAUGUCUUGGUCUGUGGGUGCUGGGCCCUCCUUCCACUUGGGGCAUCUGAUGUCAGGCAGCAACUUCUGCUGACGGGGAUGGAAGGGAAUCUUUUCCAUAAAAUACCCAGUAGAAAACAGGUGGGAACAUCCCUCUCCUUCAGCACCCUCCCCUGGCUGCCUGCAGAGUUUUCAGGAGCAGAAGAUGGUCCCUUGGCAGCAAGAGGAGCUGGCAGUGUUUGCUGUACAUACUGCACCCUGUUCCACGGAGGAGUGGUGAACUCAAGCUUUUCCAGAGUUUUCCCUUUGCCACUUUUUUGCAGGCUUUGGAAUUCACUUUCAGAGGGUGUUGACAACGCCUGAGACUUCUCCUUCCUUGGUGGUGUCACCUUCCUGUAUUCUGAAACGUGUAAACCACUUUGUGUGUUCCUGACGUGGCACCUGGGACAGGUGGGUGGAACGGUUGAUUUUUGGUUUCUUUUUCUGGGCAUUGUUCAUCCAGAACACCUGCCCAGUGGGAAUGGGAGAAAAGAGUAUUCCUUCUUCAGGUGGAGAAGCAGGGAGUGAGCUCAUGGAGUGACCUGUCUUCCUGUUGGGUUCUGUCAGAGGCAUAAAUGCUUCAACAUUUAGACAUCAGCAAGAUGCAGGAUGAAGUUCCUGUGCCAGCAGCUCUUAAAAUGUGCAAUAUUGACCUUUUUUUUUUUUUUUUCUUUAUUAUUAUUAAUUUUUAAUGCAGAAGCAAAGCUGCAGAUGAUAAUUGAGAGCAGGCAUCUGGAAUUUUCUGGUUUGCAUGGUGGCUUUUGAGUCUGCUCUAGAAAAAUAUAUAUAGCUAUGUAUAAAUAGCAGCACUUUUUUUAAUGGUUGUUUUAGGUUGGCCAAUUUUACGCCCACCAAGUGUGUGGACUUUUGAGAGCAACAUUGCAGGCUAGGAUUAGAAUUUAAAAGUAAUUAAUAAGCACUAGAAAAAAAAAAAAAACCCUUGCAAUUUAAUUGCUUCCCUUUUCCUUGUCCCCUAUGGAGAAAAGCCAAGUUUUAUUUGUUUAAAAGUCGUGUAUGUGCACACAUGCACUUAAUUCUCUGUGAACUUUUAUCACUUUGAGCAUAGGUAUGCAAGAGAGAACCCAGCCUGGGCUCCUGUUCUUCUCCAGGAAGCUCCAGGAGAGGAGCAGCUCUGCUGCCUUUUUCUCCAUUACGACUUUCAGGUCACUUAAAGGGAAUAUUAUCUUGUAUAUAUGCUGCCUGAUUAAACACACAUUUACUGACAGGUAUGGAACUGCCAGCUUUUUUUUUUUUGCUUUUUUUUUUUUUUUUUGGAUCACAUUCCUGACUUUUUGGGGCUCAGUUAUGUGAUGGGCUGGUUUCUCUGCUAGGUCACUUCAGGAGCACUUUGCAGCUCCUUGCAACUCAUUUUUUGUUUUUUGUAGGGCAGGAGGGGGUUAAUUAAUAGAGGUUCUCUUUUCCUGGCCAUGGUGGCAGUUUGCACUGUGGUGGUGGCUUAAAAAAAAAAAGAUAAUGCAGCAUUACAGAAACCUUUUCUUAGAUGCCAGUGGAUGUUCCUGGAGUAGCCAAGGGAUUGUGGAAUGCUUGGGAAUAUUUGCAUUGGUUCAUUCGUAGCUGGUGGUAGAAUUGGACUGGAUGAGCAUCUGUCUUGCUUCUGGAAAUCUCUUUUCUGUGUUGCUGCUGCUGUUUCUGCAGAGUUGGGAGCCUUGCCCUGCUGGUGCUGUGUGUGCCACAGCUGAGAUCCCGGACUCUCAGGAUGCCACUGGCAACACAAACAGCCCGUGGAAGCAGGAAUGGGUUCAUAUUCCCUCGUGUUCUGUCUCACCUGGGAAGGGAAUCCUGGGGAGGAGGGGGGUGGAGGAACAUUGGGGUUUUUUAACCAGCAGCUCAAGCCCAGAGCCUUGUUUCAGAACCAGAGCUUGUCAGCAGUGGUGGCUGAAUGCAGUUCCUAUGCACUGUCUUUGGCACAUUCAAGCUGUGUUUUGCAGUAGGUCAGCAAGUGAUAAAAUGCCUUGAGUCUGAGAAGUCGCUGCUUUAACUUGGAGCAUCCUCAGACUUCUGGAUCCAUGCAGUCUUUGGUGUAGGGGGUGUGUGAGAACAGAGAGGCUUUGCCUGUUCAGUGGCUUGUUUGGGAUAAUUUCCUCCCUCUGCUGCGUUUUCAGACCUCAGAUUUCUCACAAACAGAUCCUUCUUGUGUUUCCAGCGUUCAUUCUAAGGACAGGGAAGGCUGCUUGGGUGCAACCCCCCCCUUUCCCAGCUUUCCUCAGCCCUGAGCUGCAGCAAGGCCAGGUUCCCUCGUCACUUCAGCUUUCACGUGAGAGCUCUGCAGGCUGAGGUGGGAGGACAGAGCUGUCCUAGAGCACUGAUGGGUUUCUCAGGUGAGAGUUCUGCUCCACUUCCACAGCAUUUUCCCGUGUCAGAACGUGCAGUUCUGACACUCUCUUGCUUCCCAUGAUUUAUUCAUUUAGCUUUUCGUUACCUUUUUGCUCCUGUUUUUGUAGCAGUUUUGUAUGUACUCCCGUUUUAUGAUUUAACCUCUUCCAUUUUUUAAGGCAUAUUUGUUUACAGUACAUCUCAGUGUUGUAUCAAGAGGCUCUCUUGGUAUUGCCAGCUCUGAAAAUCAACUACAGCCGUAGUUACCGAGCGUCGUCGGAGCCCACGGGCGUUUUAAAACUCGCUGUUCGAGUUUUGGGUGUCCACAAGAGUUUUGUUUUGUUUCAUUUCUUAGCUCUCCCGUGUUGAGGAAUAGAAUGUGGAUCUGUGAGAGUAGAAAUAGGGAAAAGAGACCUUCUGGCCUCUGAGGGGGUGGGGAUGGAUGGUUUGGUUUGGUUUAAGACAUCCCGGAGCGUGGUAUUUGUAAGAGCCCCCCCAGGAUCUCACACUUGGCAGGUCAGUCAGAAAUCCACGAGGAUUGCAAUCAUGUUGCUUAGAAGCUGUUCAGGAUGUUUCAUGAGGAUACCUUGCCUAAACAGGGAUUUCUUUUUUUUUUUUUAAUGGUUUGGUUGGAAUUUAAUGGAACAGGAAUUGGCAGGGGCUGUUGGGUCUGGGCAGCAAAUCUGCCAUCCGUGGAUGGUGGGAUAUGGGACAUGCUGGAGCUGCUCUGCUGAGAAUCAGGUGAAGAUUGAAGGAUAAAAUGCAGUGACAGUUCUGUGCAGUUCUCCAGGGGGUUCCUGCUCUGCCUUGGAUCAGCCCCUGUGCACACGGAAUUCCACUUGGAGCGAGUAGAGCUGACCGUGGAGGCAAGAGCUGGUCCUGGCCAGAGAAGAACUCUUGGAAAUGGAACCAGAUCUUUCUCCACAGCCUAAUUUUAGUCAUGAGGGUACAACAGAGGAGCUGCAAAGCCACAGGGAUGGUACAUUCCUGCAAAUCUGUUCGCAGGAGCAGCUCCUUUGGAAAGUCCCUGAUGGACUUGGUGCCAUCUGGAGCAGGAAGGUGAAGCUUUGGGUUUAGUGUGUGCUGGAUCUUGACCUGAGGCACGUUGUUCCUGCCUUUAGACCAAGAACAAACAGAAAUAAGGAGGAUCUGUUCACUGCAGAAGGGUGAUUGGUUUUGGGCUGAGCAGAACCAGGCUCUGCCAGGUAGGAAAGCUGGGCAGGGCCCGUGUUUCUUCUUGGAUGAACGUGUUGAAGUAUUUCCCUUUUGGAAUAGCAAGAUACCUGCUUCAUAAACAUUAUUUCUUGGGGGGAAAAAAACCUCCUCAAACUGACUAGAAUUGCUUUCUGUUUACCCCUCCCAAAAAAAACGUGGUAGAAGAUUUUUGCCUGUGGAGCUAUUCCAGCUGUCUGAUGAGAAGCACACUCUGAGAGCUGAAAACUUGGGGUUUUUUUUUAGGUUUCUCGUGCCUGGAAUAGCCCUGCAUGGAGCACACGAGUGUCAUGCCUGACAGGACGUGUCCAGCAUGGAGUCUGGCUUCCAAAUUUGUAUAAAUACCCCUUGCCACGUUCACUGCACUCUGCAAUUGCCACUUUUACAUGUUUUGCACAGCCUGGUGAGGGGUUUUUUGGGAGGGGCUUUUUCUUUUCUUUUAGUCCUCCAGUCAGUCAUGCCAGAGGUUAUUUUUAAAAGCAGAUCUGACAUUGGUGGAUGCCACAUCUCCUAAAAAAAAAAAAAACCAACAAAAGUGUCUUAAACGUGUCUUUGAAUAGUUUUGUGUUCACGGAACAAAAGGUUGGACUUGUUUACUCCAGACACUUCUCUGUUGAGACCGUGCAUUGCAGAGGGUUUUCAUCUCAAACUGGUUUUGGCAGGGGGUGGAACAGGGUAAUGCUGGACCUUUGGAGAACAGGGACCUUCAUGGAGGCACUGAGUGACCUGUGAGGGGAGGCUGGAGGUGAUUUUGGAGCCCAUUUCAGCCCUGGAGCAGUACAUGCAGCAGUGCUGUACCAAUAACUGGAAGCUGUGGGGUUUUAUUUUAAUUGUUAUUUUAACUUUUUUUUCCCAGUUGGGUUUAUUUUUUCCUGGUUUAUUUUUUGAACACAGGAAGGCUUUUGAGGGUGGCCUCUGCAUGGUUCCUGGUGUGUGCUGUGUGCUGGGGUGGGGGGUUACAAUACCUGGGUUUGCUCGAAGCUCCUUGAGAUGUGUUGUGGUUUGUUCUUUUCUUUUUUUUUUUCCUUCUUUUUUUUUUUUUUUUUGGCUGGCAUGUCUUAAAUCUUCAGGCUUUGGAAACUGCUUUCUAGAGUUGUGUUGACUUUUUGUUCUGCUGUUGUUCAGUUGCACAGAGUUUUCUAUAUAUGAUGUACUAGUUUUGACGUUAAUUCUCUGUGAACAGGGUUAAGAUUAUUUCCUUGUAGUUUAAAAAAAAAAAAAGAAACAAAAGUUGUAUUCCUAAAAAGCUCCCUUUUCAGAUCUUGUUUGUAUCCUGUUGCAGUGUUACCAGAUGGCCUUAUGUACGUCACAGUGUUUUGUGAUAAGUACAGUAGCACAUUUAAUGCUUAUUUCCCCUCUGUUUUUAUAGCUGAGAAGUGUAUUUGUAAUAACAGAGCUGAAUAAACGGGCAAAUUCUCUAGGUAAGGGUGGUGGUUGUCUCCCCUCAUGGCUACUGGGGCAGCUGGAGUUAAUCUGGGACUAAAUCCUUCACCCAGCACGAGACUGCCUUGGGAAUUCCGAGACUUGGCAGGCGUGGAUCGUGUGCCAGGGCCUUGGGAAUCACAGCAGCUCCUCUGGCUCCCCCACAACUGCUCCAGCUUCCCCGGGCUCAGAACCUGCCCUGGGCAGCUUUGGGGCUGGGAGAGUCAGGGGAGGGAAGCUGAAAGUUAAUUUUUAGCAGCUUCAGCGACCUGGGAAGGUGGGCAGGCCAGUUUUGUCCUGUUUAUUUCUGCAGUGCAGUUCUGUUCUGGGAAGUGACUUCCUGAGGCCUUUAGUGGUUGAAUUUUUAGGCUAAUCCUGGGGUUGUUUAGUUGUUUUUUUUGCUGUGGAGUUCUGGGCUCCAGCAGCUCCGACAGCUCUGCUGGGAGCAGCCUGAGCAGAUUUCCCUGUCAGGUGAUUUUCAGCUCUGCAGUGGAUCCAGUUUUACCUUCCUGUGAUUUUUUAACUCAACAAUGAGUGGUAAAAAUGACGUUGGAAGCAGCAGAGAGAACAUUUUCAGUCGCUCUUUCCCGAACAGAAUUGCAUUUGGGUUUUUUUUCUAUAAAUAUAUAAAUAGUACCAAGUCUAGAGACAAAGCAAGUUAUGUUGUAGUGAGUGUCUCAACUUCCUACACUGGAGACUUUUCUAGACAUGAUCUUUUAGAGACAACUGUAACCUCACCCCUCUGUGGUCCUUGUUACAGUUGGGUGGACCUGCCUGGGACAGAAAAGCUUCUCAGUCUGACUUUCUUUUUUUUAAAUAAUACCUUAUAAUAAGAGUAUCUUAAUGCCAUUGUGUUUAAAAAGAAAAAAAUGCUGGUAUGUAAUGCAAGUACAUAAAUAGCCAAAGUUUUCAGUAAUUGUUCAGUGUUACUAAAUUUUGCUUUUAUUUAACCUUCCAAGAUAACAUUUUAGGAAGACCUUCAGCAUGUUGAUACCACAAAAGUCUGAUCAACUCUUGAUUAGAGCAGACGUGGAGUUAUUUGAACACAUUUCAGGUUUGAAUGCAAUUUGGAGGCAAAGUUUUUAAGAUGCAAAACUUCCUUUGCACUGUAAUGACACUUCAAAUGCUGCUUUUACAGUGGCUCAUUGGUAAUUGUUAUUCAAACAUCAUGAAGGUCUUUCCUGAGAAAUCAGGUGACUUUUCUAUUGCUUCAAUUUUUGUGCAAAAAAGUAAAAAUAAAAAAAAAAUAAAAUCAAUGUAUUGCAAUCUUUUUUAAAAAUGGGGUGGGAAUAGUUAAAAGAAAACUAUUUUAUGUAAGAACUGACAGAGGGAUUUGCUUUGUAUAAUGCAAGCUGGCUUUAAAAAAGCAUUGUAGCAAAUUAUUCAAGUCAAUCAUAUGUUAAUAGUUAUGUGCAACCAGACAUGCAAAACAAUUGUAUUUUUUUAAAUAAAUAUUUUUAACAAA